AUUAACAAAAUGGCGACACACUGUGAUUUUGACGCCCUUUCUGUCUUACUUCAGGCAUCUUCUAAGGAUGUGGUGUUACGGAUCUGUAAUGAGUCUUUUAUAUACAGAGACAAACAGCAAUAUUCAGAUGGUGUGUUGACAAGUGUUGGGGAAGCUCUCUCUUUGGACUCAAACAAGAGUAGACAGUUGGUUCAGUCACUUGGUGUUCUAUUGAAGACAGCAGUUUUCCAUGGGGACGCAACACCGUCUAGUCUUCAGUCUCUUUUUCCAAGUAAUUUUCAUAAAAAUCUGAGAGAUCUGUUGGUCAAGACAAUGAUGGAAAACAUGAACAACUGGAGGAACAGCGCAUUAAAUAAUCAGGUGUCCUUGCCUCGCCUAGUAGACUUUGAUUGGAGGGUAGAUAUCAAGACAUCUUCUGACACAAUUACUAGAAUGUCUGUCCCUACCUGUAUUCUACAGAUGAAGGUUCAAGAAAAUGCUACAGAAGUGGAUCAAACCCCCGACGUAGAACAUGUUAAUGUGGAACUCUCCAAGGAAACUUUGGACACCAUGUUGGAUGGACUAUCAAAAAUCCGUGACCAAUUGUCGUCAGUGGCUAAACGGUGACACAGCCUUGUCGUUAUUUGCCAAUGGACUAGUAACUAUCCAUGGCUAACUCUAUUUAUUGGUGUGACCAGUUGGACUAGUAUUUGUUUAGAAAAUAAGGAUGGACCUACUAACCUUAUUUUAAGUAUAAGUCCAUCAAGGCCUGUAUUCCUGUUUACAGGUCCAUCCGGAAUUGUGAAUGUUACAUUUAAGGUGCUCUGGAACAGUUUGACAUAAGUUGAAGAUUUGUGUCAAAAAAGAAAGAUUACGAAAGUGCUAAUUUUGAUAGAAAGUAUGCAUGUUAACUUAUGUUUUGUAUGUGGAUCCCAUUUAAUCCAAUAUACUGUGAAAUUGUAUAGAGAGAUUGGAUAUCUUCAUUUCACUGUAUGAUAACGUACAGACGAUAUACACCUUUAUCUUAUUGUUUACUGGGAAGGUUGUUAUUUUCUGGAGUGAUCCUGGUUUGCACGAUUCUCAUGGAUGGAAUAAAAUUGCAAAAAAUAGACACCUAAAAAUAGAUAUCUGGAAAAAGAUACAUUUACUUUGAAAAUAAAAUUUAUGAUGGAACCAACAGUCCAUUUCACAAAAAAUACGCCAAACCCUGAAUUUUGAAACCAUCCAUACAAAAAUGGCUAUAUACUUAUUAGAAGAAAUUUUGUGUUUGAACAUGUUUUUUGUGUAUCAUUUACCUGCAGAUCAUUCAUCAUUUGUCUGGGUGUCCUUCACACUGCAAAGUUAAGUUUGUAAAAGUUACAAGAUAAUGUAAGGAUAGCUGCGAUACAUUCCAUUUACCAUGUGACGUUCUGUAUUAAGCUGUUGUCUAAAGUUUGCAGUGUAAGGGAGGUAACUUCACUUUUUAUCACGUCCAGAAAAACUCCAAAUGAAACCCAAAUAUAUUGUUGUUUUAGAGUUUAAGACUCAAUCAAUUAUGUAUUCAUUUCUUUAUAAAGUGUUGGAAAUAUAUUAAAUUAUAUCAAGGAAAUAGAAAAAUAAAUAAAAAAAACAAAGGAUG